AUGCUGAUUUCAACUCUUUUUCAUGCCUCUUUGCCGUCAUUAAAGCCUCACUCGCUUUCCUCUCCACCUCUCUCUUUUUAUUCGCCUCUUCCUCUCUCGCUCUCCUUGCUUCUUCUCUCACUCGCUUCGUCUCUUCGUCGCUCACUCGUUUCCUCUCUUCCUCUCUCGCCCUCUCCCACUUUUCCUCUCUCUCCCUCUCCCCCUCUUCCUCUCUCAAUCUUUUUCCUCCCGCACCCUCUACCUCUCUUCCUCUCUCAGUCUCUUUCAUUCUUCCUCUCUCACCCUAUUUCUUUCUUCUUCUCUCUUCCCCUCUUCCUCUCUCACAAUCUCUCGCUCUUCCUCCCGCACCCUCUUCCUCUCGUCCUCUAUCACUCUCCUCCACACUUCCUCUCUCAACCUAUUGCUCUCUUCCUCUCGCCUCAACUCUUCCUAUCUCGCCCUAUUUCUCUCUUCUUCUCUUUUCCUCUCUUUCUCCCUCACCCUUUCUCGCUCUUCCUCCCUCACCCUCUUCCUCUCUUUCUCUCUUACUCUCUUCCACACUUCCUCUCUCACCCUAUUUCUCUCUUCCUCUUUCUUACACACUUCCUCUCUCGUCCUGUUCAUCUCUUCUUCUCUCUUCCUCUCUUCCUCUCUCACCCUCUCUCGCUCUUCUCCUCUCACACAGGCCUCUCCGCCAAUCCCGCCGUCACGUCAACCUCCACGGCGCGCAGCAAGCACCAUCGGCUCACACCCAUCAGCUGCUCCAAAGACACCUCCCCCGCCUCCUCUCUCUAUCUCCCUCCCUUCCUCCCUCUCUUCCUUUCUCACACAUCAGCUGCUCCGGAGACACCUCCUCCGCGCUCCGUGCCCCUCCGCGCAUCAUGCCGCUCCUCGGUCAAAACGAGGUGUUAA